UGACCUCUCUGGGUCCAGUGCCACUGGGGGAGGUGAAUCUGUUAGGAUUAGCCUCCACACACACUCAUCGAUGGCCACAGUCUGCAAACACCAGGUCACCAACAGUUAGUAGCGUUGUGUGACACACACAAACACACAUCCGGGACCCUUCAUCUGCUCACUAUGUCGUCCCUGGAGGAAGAGCUGACCUGCUCUGUGUGCCGAGACUUCUUCAGCCAGGCCCACCCCCUGCCCUGUGGUCACAGCUUCUGCUCCGCCUGCAUCCGCGAGGCUUGGUGCGUCCAGGCUGAGGGCAAAAGUCGCUUCACCUGCCCCCAGUGUCAGGAGGAGCACGGUGAAGUGCUGUGUGACUGCUGCCCUCCCGAGGCAGUAGAGGGACAGCCACUGUUGGCUGUCAAGACCUGCCUGAAGUGUGAAGUGUCACUGUGUGCCGAACACCUCCAACCCCAUUUGGAGAGACCGGCGUUUAGCACCCACCUGUUGGUGGAUCCGCUGGGGGACCUUUCCCAGCGAAGGUGCCCGACACACACAGAGAUAUUGCGCUACUAUUGUGCCGAUGAGAGAGUGUAUGUGUGUAGUGACUGUCUGCUGGACGGAGGCCAUGCUCAGCACAAAGUGAAGGCACUAAGACAAGUGGAAGAGGAUCUGAAGGUCAUUCUCCAGGCCCUGCUCAGCAAAGCAGAGGAGAAGCUGAAAGAUGGAGUGCAAAUCCUAAAAGAGCAUGAGGGCAUUGAUUCAACCAUGGCUGACUCUCUGAAGAAGGAUCACACCCAGGUGGAGCGGCUGGGUUUAGACCUGCAGGCCCAGGUGAAAAGGCUGGUCGAUGCUCUGAGGGAGAUCACCAAGAAGGAGAAACAGCAGGUCAUAAAGCGUGUGCAUGAAGACUGCUCCAGGGUGAGAAGCGACAUGUGCCAGGCGCUGAGCAUACAGCGCUACCUGGCCUCACUGCUGGCAGAGACGGACCCCUUCCUGCUCAUCUGGGUUACUAGCCGACCUGAACAACCCACUUUUCAUCCCUGAUGCCGUCAGUCUGGACAGGAAACACAUCUUGGAGGACAUUGAGAGCAAGUAUCGAGAGUUUAUCACCGGCACUCUCCGCUGCCUC